AUGAUAGGAGACCAAAAAGCAUAAAACGUGGAGGGGACUCCUUAUUCUAAGAUUCAUUUAGAUGAGCAGCAAUCAAAUUCAUCGAUUGUUGCUCGGUCUAAAUCAAGACACUUAGUGGUUAUGAAUAAUCUCAAAAAGAGAGAAGAAAUGUGGGACAAUAGAUUUCAUUUAGAACAUAUUCCUAAAUACGACGUUUUCGCUGAUAAACAUUCAUAGAAUUUCUAAUAUGCCAUGAUGAAAUAGCAAAAGAAGAAUAUAGUAGAGUUUGCUCCAGGAAAAAUCAGGAAAAAAGCAACAAAGGAUAUGCAAAAUAUUGAAGAAUAGAGCGAAAAAAGUAUAUAAUCUUCAUAGUCUUAGUAGAGAUCUGUUGCUCCUCCUUAUAUUAGUAGAUAAGGAGGAGGUUAAGCAGGUGCUAAUCCAAAAAAUCUGAUUCCUCCAAAUUAUGAUUAACUAAAAGAAAUGAUUAAGCAAAAUUUUGAAAAGUUGAAAAUAAGCUGGGAGGCUCAAGACAUUCCUAUUCAUCACAGAGAGCUAUUUAUUCAAUGUUGCAAAUAAAUAUCAAGAGAAAGAGCUAUAGAAUUAAUAAAGACAGAAAUAGAAGAUUUAAGAAAGGGGGAUGCAUUCAUAUAAAAUUGUAUAAAAGCAGUAAAGGGAAGAGAAUAAUGCAUCAUAUAGUUAGAAGAUCAAAUAUCUUUAAUUGAAAAAAUUAAAAGUUAAGUAGAUGAAUAAACAUUAAAUAAAAGUUCAGAACUAAUUACUCACUUAAGAUUACUCUCUAUAAAUGCUGCUGAAUGUAUUGUUUCUUGGAGAAAUUAUCUCAUGGAUUUUCUUUAAAAUUCUGUCAUAAAAGAAAGACAAACUAUGAUUAUCCCAUAUCUCUACAAGGAAUAAAACUAUUUAAUUAAAAUGAGAACAGAUACACACUUCUUAAGAAGCUCUAUCUUGAAAGAAUUUUUUUUUUUCUCAACGAGAUAAGAAUACAAGAUAGAUCCAUUUAUUUUAAGUAUGACUGAUGGAAACGAAGAGACUGAUAAGCAAAUUUAGUAUAUAUCGAAGAAUCUUAGAAAAAGAAUUGAUAAUUGCAUUCAUUUGCUUAACGAAGAAUACAUUAGAGUCAUUGAAGAUGAGAAAUUUUAAUCUAUGAAUUCUAAGAAACCAAGCUACAGCAGAUAUCAACAAAAGUUACCAGGAGUAGGUCCUCUAAGGAAAAGCAGUCAAAACAGUAGAGUUGUUUAAAAGCCGAUUCAGCAUGAACAUAAUAUAGUUGUUCAUUCAUCCGCAAAGAAAGAUCAUCCUUCUCCUUAAUCUUCUAUUUAAAGCAAAAAUAGCCCUUAGAAGUAGUUUAAUUUCGAAAAUAGUCCUGUCCAUUAGAAGAGAGACAGCGAAGGUAGCAACAUAGGUUAAAGUAAAAAUAAUCACAACAAAGUUCCUUCUUAGUCUGAAUUAAAUGAUUUUCCAAAUUAGCAUUCGUAGUAAGAGUCAAAGGUAGCAAUCAAUGAAAACUUGAAACAAAAUAAUUAAUCUUAAAAAUCUACAUCAUAAAUUUAUCAACAAAUCAAAGGACUUCCAUCUCAUACAGUAAGUUCUGUAAAUUAAUCUAAAGAUUUAAUAUCUUCUAAGUCUUAACCUCAUCAUCCUACUGUAUAAUAAUAAUAGUAAUAGCACAAAGUCUAAUAAUAAUCAUAGUAAGAAAGCUUUAAAUAGACUCCUCAUAAUUAAUAGGAGCUUACGAAAAAAGAUAAUCAAAUUUAAAAUUCAUAGUCGUCUCAUUCAGUUAUGUAAUAAAAAAAUGCUUCAGCUGAAUAAGAUUAAAAAGAAAAGCUCAAUCACAUAGAAUAAAAUUAGUAACAUUCUUAAUAAGUUUAAAAUAAUUAAAAGUAAGUAGCUGAUUAAAUUCAUGUGUAAGAUUAAGCUGAAGAUAAAUAAAAACAACUAUAAAUCCAUUAAAAUUCAGAAUAAGUUGAAGAAGAAAAUCAAGGAGAAGGUGUUAUUGGAGUUCCUGAGUAUUUUGAAGAGGAUCUUAUGAAAUACACUGAGAAGUAUUUGGAAACAGUAGAAAAAAAAAUUAAAGAGAGUGUUUUGAGCUCAACGUAAGAAAUAUCUAGAAGAUUAAGAACAGAGUAUGAGUGUGGUUGUCUUGAGUAUAAAAGAAAUGGUAAAAUAAAAGGCAUAGCUUACUAUUUUAACGAAAGUUCAUAAUAAUCUAGAAGAAUAACUCUUAUGCAUGUUAGUGCAGUUGAUUAAAAAAAUUUAGAUCAGUUCCUUAAUUAGAUUAUUUAGUAUAUUUUUAAGAAUGAUUCUUGUGAUGAAAUUCGUUUUUGUAUUUAUCACCAUGAAAAUGAAGAGGGGAAUAUGCAAGUUCAUAAAGAAAUUCAAACUAUUUUUACAUCAAAAGGAUUUAAAUGGAAAUAAGUAAAUAAUGAUAAAUAUACUCACUAGCGUACAACUAUCCUAGCAUUGAGGAGACCUGCAGAUAUUCCUUCUACUCAUAAAUUAAAAUAGUUUGACCACAUCAUAGUAGAAAGUAUUGCUUUCAUCUAACAUUCAAGUUCAGCAAAACCUGAAUCUUCAUAAAGUUUGAAUAAUUUUGAUAUGACAGUAAACUUGUUGGGUAGUUUGGAUUAAACCAUUUAAGAUGAUCCUAAAUUUGCAACUUUACUCUCAAAAUGUGAGAACAAAAUAUUUUCGAGAGGCAUCGAAUAAAUUAAUGUUUUAAUGAGAAAGAAUUAUCAGUAUUCAGAUAUGAAAAAAGAAUCAUUUGAAGAUAAAGACAAAUUUAUAGAGUCUCUAAAAAGUUAUGAAAUAUAAUAUGACAGUUCUCACCUCGAUUCCAAUAAUAAAAUAUUUGCAUCAGUAAGCAAGCUAGCUUUGAAAUGGAGAGCUUUUUCGUAGUGUUAAAUAGAUCAAAAUUUAUAUCUCAGGAUCAAUAUUCCAAAUACAGAUGACCAUAAUUAUAUGAAAGCUACCUCUAAAAUAAAUAAGACUGUCUAUAUUUUACCUACAGAUGAUCAAAACACUAAUAUUUUCUUAUUUGAAAUAGAUGAUCAAGAAUAGUUUAAGUAAGAUUUCUAACAAAAUGUAAAAGAAGUAAUGAAAUCUCUAUAAAAUACCUAAUAAAUCAAAGAAGAUAUAUUCAUACCUGCCUUUGAAACAACUUUAAAAUAAGACUUAUCUAUUAAAAAAGAAGAUAAUAAUGAGUAUAAAUGCUAUCAACAACUAAAAAUAUCUAUUAAUUAUUAUACUCCACUACCUAAAAUAUAAAUUAAAGUUUAAAAAAACUCAAAUUCUUAAGUUAUUAUCCGUCCUCCGUUUGUCUUUGGUUUUAUUAAUAACGAUAUAGACGAAAUAUUAGAAAUACCCUACUACUCAGCUCUUAUAGAAAAAGGUAAUUUCUGCAAAGUAUGA